CAUUGAGAGCAUCCCAAUGAUCAACAUAAACAGCCGUGCCUCUCGCAAGUCUUUCGUUUUCGGUCAAACAUUAUCGAUUCAUAACUUUCCGAAAGAUGGCUGGUUUAGAGCUUUUGUAUAGCUGCGUAGCAGGCAGUAUUACCUGUCCACAAGACGUCGUUGUGUGUUUUGUUCACUGGGAAAUUGUAAAGAGUGGGUACAAAUGCCUUGGGUUAGGAGAUGAGCCUCAGAGUGGUGACAAGAAGUCGGAGUUGCUUCCUACAGGGUGGAAUGGCAGCAAGGAAUUGUACACCCUGCGGUACAAGUCAAAUGAUGACAAGUCUAAUUUCUUGGUCAAAGCCAUCACUGUGGAUUCCACAUUGAUCUUCAACUUAAUGGACUCGACCACUGAACAGGUGUCAGACCUGACAAUGAAUGUCAGUGAUUAUGUGGAUGCAGAUCAUUUGCAGACAUUUGAAAGUGUAUUCAAAAAUGCAGAAGAUUUGUCUCAGAAGGUGAAGAGACAGCUCCUUCCCUCAGUGCCCGCGCCAAGAAAGGAAGACAAGAGGAGCAGAGAGAAAUCCGAUGACUCCCAGCCGGACAGUGACCCUCUCCGCAUUCCCACAAGGCAUCCACAGACCAAUAGGCAGCCUAACUGGCCAGACCCCAUGGCUCCUUUCGCUGCAGGUGGAGCUGAUCUGGAUCCCUUUGGUGGUCGUGGAGGAGGGAUGAUCGUGGACCCUUUGAGGGCUGGUUACCCCCGCUCGGGGUUUGACCCCUCUGGUGGGCUCCCUGGCAUCCUGCCGCCGGGAGCUGUGCCACCCGGGGCCCGCUUUGACCCCUUUGGGCCUGUCGGAAGACACAGACCUGGGCCAGACCCAGAUCACAUGCCGCCGCCAGGCUAUGAUGACAUGUUCAUGUAGAAGAAAAGGCACUCCUCUGCUCUUCACACUUCCUGGACCACUUCCUGUCUCUGUAAUGCAAGAGGAAUACACACUUAGACAGGCUCUGGAACUUUGGCCCCCCCAAAAAUAUAUUUAAUAAAAAAUAAUAAUUAACCUCCCGCUUUGACACUUCCUGGCAGCUCAAUGUGUAGUUCGUUCAUUCAUGCAUGCAUGAUCUAUGAGCAGAGUUAGUUUGGCUUGAAUUAGCCACAAAAUUCCUAGUUUGAAAGCAACUGUUUUUCUGGAAGCUGUGCUUUGUCAUUUUCCCCUCAUGUGGGCCAGCCCCUUAGCAAUUCGAUUUCAACCAAUGAGCUUCAGCCCUCGUCAUGCAAGUGACCGCUAGCAAGAUGCACAUACAGCAGAGUGAGAGAGAGCAAUAACCUGGUGCACGUAGGUGACACUACCUUCACGAACUACUGGCUUAAAAAGUAUACUAAAGUACUGGAGAAUCCCUUUUAAUAAAACUGUUAGACUAAUUUGUUCAGUGUGAGGAAUAAAGCUACUUUGUACACACUUUUUUUUGGGGGGGGGCUUAUUUGGAGGGGUUCUAAUUGAAACAACAUUUUGGAGUUCAUAGUCAAAUGUUCAAGCAGCUAAUAUUUGUUUUGAUUUUCAAAUGCUGCUUGCAAAGACUGGCUUUUGCUGCUUGUGUCCCCAAAAGUAAAAUGUGAGAACCUGUCCAAUUUGUUUUACAAUCUAAGUCAUUCGUAUACACACCUACAGCAUUAGAAAUGUAAUGAUUUGAUCCAAGUUAUGUCUGCUACCCAACUUAACAUGAUAGUUUGCUUUUACUGGCAUCUUAUUAAAAUAUGUUUUUCAGACUUCACUGGUUUAAGUCCAGCAAAAUGUUGUAAUAAAAUAUUUAUUACAUUCCA